AUGAUAACAAACGAAAAAAAAUUAACAAAACAACAGUCGAAACGAAUUGAUCUUUCAAAUGAACUUAUUUAUGAAAUUUUUGGAUUUCUGGAUUUUCAUCAUACAUUUCAAGCUUUUUAUGAUCUUAAUCAACGAUUUCGAAAUCUUUUUCUUCAUACAAAUCUUUUAAUUAAAAUUAAUAUUUCAUCGAUAUCAAAAUCAAAAUUUGAAUCUUAUGUAAAACAUAUUAUUAAACCCCAUAUUAAUCGAAUUAAUUCACUACGUUUAUCGAAUCCAUUCACUGCUGAUAUGUGUUUGUUAUUAUUUCCUUUAAUGACAAAUUUAAUUCGACUUCAAGCACUUACAUUAAUUGAUAUUGAAGCUAAAUAUAUUGAAGAAAUUUUAAAUUAUUUAUCUUCUUUACCGAUUUUAUCUUCAUUGAUUAUUAUAUCUAUUGAUAGUAUUAAGAAUCCAAAUGAUAUCUAUUAUAAAAUAUUUCGUUUAUCUGCAUUGAAAUAUUGUCAAAUAUCAAUUGAAAUGAAGCAACAUUCUCGAUCAUUAUCUAUUGCAACAGAUAAAUUUAGCUCAAUCGAACAUCUUAUUAUUAAUAAUGAUAUUUCUAUUGAUCAACUUGAUAGUUUAUUGUCCUAUGUUCCUCAACUACGUCGUUUAUCUAUUGGUCAUCUAGAAGAAUCUACAUACAAUCGAACACAAAAGAAUUCGAUAAAUUUAACGUAUUUAACCAGUGUUUCUAUUGAAUUGGAUUAUGUUAGUUUUAAGGAUUUUGAAGUAUUAGUGGCAAAUUAUUUUCAUCAAGUACAAAUUUUACGUAUUAGAGUAUUCUGUAUUAUAUUUUCCGUUAAUCAUAAUCAAACGGAAUAUUUAAAUGCUGAUGGAUGGCAACGAUUAAUUUCAACAUGUUUACCAAACCUGUGUGUCUUUGAUUUUCAACAUACAUAUCGAAUAUUAAGUUCGAAUGAUCAACGUCAAGCAUUUGAAACUCUGAUCAAUAAGUUCAAUUCAUCAUUUUGGAUACAACAUCAAUGGUUCUUUGAUUUUCAGUAUCAUGAUAUAACAUGGUCUAAUGCUGCUAUCUUCUAUUCAAUAAAUCCAUAUUAG